UCACCCCGAAAGGGACUCAGGGCAGAUCACAAUGCGCAUAGACAUGGCAAAUAUUCAAUGCCAUUAUUAGACAUACGACAUAUAUAUAGACAGACACAGAGGCAAUUUAACAUUUUCCAGGGUUAUGCUCGAUUCCGGCCACAAGGGGAGCUGCUGCUUCAUCGACCACUUGUGACCCGAGCCCUUGAUGGUAGUACUUCCUCAUUCUUCCGCACACUGCUGAACGUUUUUAUGGUGUCGUAAAUUAGUUAAAUUAGCCUCCCCGCAUAAAGCGGCACCUAGAAUUUCCUACUCAACAGAUGCAACUGCUCUGGUAGUCCGCAAGCUAGGCUAUUAACGGUCAGCUGGGAUCCCGUCGUCUCCUGCUGCCUUGUGAUUAGCAAUGCUUCUUAAGGCCCAUUCAACCUCACUCCUCAGGAUGUCUGGUUCUAUCCUUUAUAUUAUUAUUAUCCUUCCUAUACAGAUCUUCUAUAUAUCCCCUAUAAUAGGGGAUGCUAUUAGAAAAAGAAAAUAGUUGGUCAUUGUUGUGUAAUUUCAGGUCAUUGCUAACUUAUAGUAACUCUAUUUCAGGGUUUUCUGGAGCCGAGCGAAUGGAACGUGCCCAGAAUCGCCCUUCGGUUUCCAUGGCUGAGCAGGAAUCCAAACUCUACUCUUCGGCGGCUCAACUCUCAAACUACUACAGGCAAUGCUCCAGGAGAAAAGCUUGUCUGAGCCGGAGGAUGGGUUCGCAGCACCUCAGGCUCCAGUCCGUGCCGAAACAACCACGGGUUCCCCGGUCCUUGGCGUGGCGGGAGUCAGCAGCACCCCUCUGAACAGUCCGCAGGUUCCCGAUCCAGAACAGACCAUUGAGAACAUCAAAGUCUACCUGCACGAGAAGGAGCUAUGGAAGAAAUUCCACGAAGCUGGCACGGAAAUGAUCAUAACUAAAGCGGGGAGGAGGAUGUUCCCAAGUUACAAAGUGAAAGUCACGGGGAUGAACCCCAAGACCAAAUACAUCUUGCUGAUCGACAUUGUCCCGGCCGACGACCACCGCUACAAGUUCUGCGACAACAAAUGGAUGGUGGCAGGAAAGGCUGAGCCCGCAAUGCCCGGCCGGCUCUAUGUCCACCCGGACUCGCCAGCCACCGGGGCCCACUGGAUGCGCCAACUGGUCUCCUUCCAGAAACUGAAGCUCACCAACAACCACCUGGAUCCCUUUGGACAUAUCAUUCUCAAUUCGAUGCACAAGUACCAACCGAGGCUGCACAUUGUGAAAGCCGAUGAAAACAACGCGUUUGGCUCCAAGAACACGGCGUUCUGCACACACGUGUUUCCAGAGACGUCCUUCAUAUCAGUGACAUCCUAUCAGAACCACAAGAUAACGCAGCUGAAGAUCGAAAACAACCCGUUUGCCAAGGGCUUCAGGGGAAGCGACGACAGCGACCUCCGCGUGGCACGAUUGCAGAGCAAGGAGUACCCUGUGAUCUCCAAGAGCAUCAUGCGCCAGCGGCUGGUGUCCACCCACGGGCAGCUCUCUGGGAAGUCCGACGUGGGCUCCCUCCACGGCAGCCACCAGGGCCUCCAGCACUACCAGUAUGAGAACGGCGCUCACAUGCAGUUUGCCUCCGCCGACGGGCAGGACCUGCCACUCAACACCUUCGCGGCGCAAAGGGAGUCGGGGCUCUUCUACCACUGCCUCAAGCGGAGAGAGGGUUCCCGCCACUUGGACCUUCCUUGCAAGCGCUCUUACCUAGACGCCUCGUCCUCGGUCGGAGAGGAGCACUAUUUCCGGUCUCCGCCCCCCUACGACCAGCAAAUGCUGAGCCCUCCCUACUGCGGCGACAUGACACCCCGGGAAGCGUGCAUGUACUCUGGCUCUGGGGCCGAAAUCGCCGGCGUCUCCUCGGUGGAGGACCUGCCUCCUCCCCCCCCUCCUCCCCUGAGUUGCAAUAUGUGGACCUCGGUGGCCCCUUACACCAGCUACAGCGUUCAGACAAUGGAGACAGUGCCCUACCAGCCCUUCCCGGCCCACUUCACCGCCACCACCAUGAUGCCGCGCCUCCCCACCAUCGCCAACCAGAGCUCCCAGCCUCCGGGCAACAGCCCCUUCUCCGUCUACAACCAGGUCCGGGAGCGGGUCCCGCCGACGUCCUUCCCGAGGGAACGGGUGCACCCCUCGGUUUGCGAGAGGAAGCCCCCCUCGCCCCACCUCAGCACGGCCAACGAGUUUCUGUACUCGCAGACCUUCUCGCUCUCCAGGGAGUCCUCCUUGCAGUACCAUUCGGGGAUGGGGACGGUGGACAACUGGACCGAUGGAUGACUCCGUCAAGCGAGCCCAUGCGCCGGAACUCUCUGCACCAGGACAGUGAUUACUCGGUGUUAAUACCUGUGGGUGACUUACACUUCCGUGACACCAAAGAGCUAGAUUGUCCUUAGACCUCAACGCCCGUCUCAGUCGGGGAGGGAAGUGGGGUGCAACACAACUCUUGACUCCAUGGCCUGGAUCCACCAGCCAGUCUUUGCCUCCGAAGGAAAGAUUACUCAGAAAUACUCAGAAACCUAACAGCCAAACCAACAAAAAAUACCCACAUAGAUGGUUCACAAAAUCCUACUCCAUUUUCUGCCAUUUGUGAAACAAGAGAGGAAGAUUUAUUUCCAGAGGGACACUCUUGCUGUUGCUGGAGGAACAUUGAGAGGUGUGGUGGUUCUCGUGAAGCUUUUCCUUGAUUUGCGUCUACUGGGAAGAGGCUGAUAGCCAUGCAGUGGGUGGCUUUCACAGUGUUCAACCUUAGGGUUGGACUGGAUGGCCCAUGAGGUCUCUUCCAACUCUACGAUUCUAUGAUUCUAUUUCUCUCACUGUUAGCAGCAAGUUCCAGUCCCACAUCAGGAGGGGCAAUGCCAACUAUCUUAUAGAGCAGACACGGGCAAACAUUUUCGCCUUGGGGCCGCAUUGUGGGCCCAGCCAGGAAGGCGGGCCGGGAGGGAGAGGACCUGGGAGAGGACAGGAGGUGGGGCGGGGCCUGGGUUCACCCCAUCCUUAUGCUGGGAGGAAAAUGAGAUGUGAUGAUUGCCCCAAUCUUCCCCGCGAUCUUUGGGCUGUCCUCUCAGCACUAUGCCGGGAGGAGGGUGAGACUAGUGACGUCCGAGAGCUCUCUGGAGGGCUCUCAACCUCUGCGUGCCUUCCUCAAGCCGUCCUCCUGGCAUAGGAGAUGCUGCUCACACUGUCCUUAAGCCGGGAGGACAACGAGACAUGCAGUGGCUGAGAGCACUCCGGUUGGCUCUCAACCCCUCCAUGCCUCCUCAAGCCAUCCUUCCGGCGUAAGGACAGGGCUGCUCACCAUCUUUAUACCUUUAUACCAAGAGGAGAGCGAGACUUGCGGUGGCUGAGAGCACUCCGGUUGGCUCUCAACUCCUCCAUGCUAUCCUCCUGGCAUAAGGACAGGGCUGCUCACUGUCCUUUUGCCGAGAGGAGAGUGAGACUUGUGGUGGCGGAGAGCACUCCGGUUGGCUCUCAACCCCUCCAUGCCUCCUCAAGCCAUCCUUCCGGCGUAAGGACAGGGCUGCUCACCAUCUUUAUACCUUUAUACCAAGAGGAGAGCGAGACUUGUGGUGGCGGAGAGCACUCCGGUUGGCUCUCAACUCCUCCAUGCCAUCCUCCCGGCGUAAGGACAGGGCUGCUCACCAUCCUUAAGUCAGGAGGAGAGCGAGACAUGCAGUGGCUGAGAGCACUCCGGUUGGCUCUCAACCAUUCCAUGCCUUCAAGCCGUCCUCCUGGCGUAAGGACAGGGCUGCUCACCAUCCUUUUGCUGAGAGGAGAGUGAGACUUGCGGUGGCUGAGAGCACUCCGGUUGGCUCUCAACCGUUCCAUGCCUUCAAGCCGUCCUCCUGGCGUAAGGACAGGGC